AUGACCAUGAAUUCACUCAACUCAUUUAUUUUCUCUACUGCUACCAUAGUUAUUACACUUCUUCAUCUUCUCUCUCCUCCUGCCUCUUGCUACACGCAAAAACAGCCUUCAGAUACUUCACAGGGUUUGCUAGUUGAAGAGAAAACCAGGUUGGGUUCAACGCCACCAAGUUGUCACAGCAAGUGCAAUCAGUGCCACCCAUGCAUGGCGGUGCAAGUGCCAACCCUACCGAGUCACAACCCAGUGCAACCGGGUCCUAGACUCACCAUACCCAAUGACUACUAUGACCCAUCACCUUCUUCAAGCAACAAGUACUCCAAUUACAAGCCACUGGGCUGGAAAUGCAGGUGUGGUGAUCACUUCUACAACCCUUAG